AAAAAGCGUCUAGGUACAUGUUAUAUUUGGACAAGUAAUAUGGAUCGGAGGGAGUAAAAUAAGUUUGCUAACAAUAUUUCCUAUUCCAAACACAGCGAAUCAAUGGAUUUAGAAACUAUUAAGAAGUUUUUGCGUUCUCCUAGACCAGGUGAUGACUACUUGGCUGGGGUAAAUGGUUUUCUUGAUUUUGCAUACACGGGAAAAAGUGCAGAUGCCAAGAUCCAUUGCCCAUGUGUUAAAUGUGUCAAUAGGUUCCUGCUCAAGAGGAACACCGUAUAUGAGCAUUUGGUGUGUGAUGGAAUGCUACAUCGAUAUACAGUUUGGGGUUGUCAUGGUGAAACUGCAGCAUACAUCUCUGCUAAGAAGCGGAAAAGGUCACAACAUGUAGGAAUAAACUCUAAUAUGCGUCAGCUAGUCCAUGAUGUUUUCAGGAAUGCAGAUGGUGUACCUCCAAUGACUGACCAUGAUGACCCAAAUCCUCCAGAAACCGGACCAGAUCCUGAAACUAAAGCUUUCUUUGACUUGUUGAGAGAUGUUGAUGAACCAUUGUGGAAAGGGUGUGAACUGUCAAAACUUUCUCUCCUUGUACUUCUGUUCCACAUAAAAUCCAAUAACAAGUGGAGCAAUAAAUCCAUGAAUGAUUUGCUAGCAGUCCUGCAACUAGCAAUUCCAAAUGGUAAGAAGAAUUUACCUAAAACGUUUGUUCAGGCUAAGAAGAUUGUUGGAAAGCUUGGGCUCAGUUAUGUGAGGAUUCAUGCGUGUGAAAAAGAUUGCCAGCUCUAUAGGAAAGAGAAAGCAAAUGAUGACUUCUGCUCAGUAUGUGGAACAUCAAGGUGGAAGAACAAACCAGAUAAAACCACGUUGACUAAGAAGGAAAGGAAAAAGGCGAUCCCAAGGAAGGUGUUAAGGUACUUUCCAAUAAAACCCAGGCUUAAGUUGCUUUUUAGACACAAAGAAACUGCUAAAGCAUUCAGAUGGCAUGCUGAGGAACGCACAAAAGAUGGAGCAAUGCGUCAUCCAGCUGAUUCAGAGGCUUGGAAAGACAUUGACUCCAAGCAUGCACACAUUGCGUCAGAUUCUCGAAACUUUAGAUUCGCAAUGGCAACUGAUGGGUUCAACCCGUUUGGGAUGAUGAGUUCUAAACAUAGUUGUUGGCCUGUCGUCCUUGUACCCUAUAACCUUCCACCAUGGUUAUGUAUGAAGGCAUCUUCUCUUCUGCUUACUCUGCUUAUUCCUGGUCCAUCUUGCUUUACGGUAUCUACUCCCAGAUAAUGUUACAUCUGUGUUGUUUGAUCUAUGCGCAUAUUUUAGAGAAGUAAGUGCAAAA